AUUCUUCGUAGAGUGUAUUUUGAGAAUUUGGUUCGGUCUAGUUCGGUCCCUCCAAGACCUGAAUUGUGGUGGAUGGAUGGGUGCCGAAGUACAUUGAACAAAGCCUGGAUGUUCCUUGAACGUUGGAAGCGUCGUCCCGUCCCGUAGUAACAGUCACUGAGCAGAUUUCCUUCAAUCCAUCCAUGGAUUUGAACUUAGGUUCGCGCUUAGAUCAGAUACUGAGAGGCCAGGCCAGGCUACGCCAGUGUAGCAACUUCUCCAAGGUGAACUCGAAACGGAAAAUACAGUUGAGAGAGAGAGUGUACUAAGAAUCCUGCCAGUGGUAGGGUCUAGUGUAGAAGCAUCCGAACAUGUCCUCGAUCUUAGCUCAAGGGGCCAAAAUGGCCCUUGGCAAGACCUUGACCAACGGGUCUGUGGGCGUGGUGGGGCCUGCCAUGGCCUCGGCUCAUUUCCAUUCCAAAAGUGCCGCCCUGCAAAGAUGGGAGAUCCCCGAGAGACUUCUGGACAUCCCCAACUCGGAGAAUCCGAAUUUCUUCAAUAUGGUGGAGUAUUUCUUUCACAAGGCCUGUAUUUUGGCCGAAGAGCCUUUGAUGAAAGAGUUGUCCAGAAUGAGAGGCACAAGUGACGACGAGAAACGCCAAAAAGUCCAUGGUAUCUUGAAGAUCAUCGAGCCUUGCUCCCACGUCCUCGAGAUGAACUUCCCUCUUCAACGAGAUGAUGGCUCCUAUGAAAUGAUCACCGGCUACCGAGCCCAGCAUUCGCAUCAUCGCACCCCUUGUAAGGGUGGUAUCCGUUACUCCAUGGAUGUCAAUGCUGAUGAGGUCAAGGCCUUGUCCGCCUUGAUGACCUACAAGUGCGCUUGUGUGGAUGUGCCAUUUGGGGGCGGUAAAGCCGGCGUCAAGAUCGAUCCCAAGGCGUACUCUGACAACGAAUUGGAGAAGAUCACUCGACGAUUCGCCAUGGAACUUGCCAAGAAGGGAUUCCUCGGACCCGGCAUUGACGUGCCCGCUCCUGAUAUGGGAACCGGCGAGAGAGAAAUGUCCUGGAUUGCGGACACUUAUGCCAACACGAUGGGUUAUAGCGAUAUCAAUGCCUCAGCUUGUGUCACGGGCAAGCCUAUCCAUCAGGGUGGUAUUCACGGAAGGACUGCCGCCACUGGCCGUGGUGUUUUCCACGGUUUGGAAAACUUUGUCAACGAGGCCCAGUACAUGUCCAUGAUUGGCAACACCCCCGGAUGGGGCGGUAAGACCUUUAUUGUGCAAGGUUUCGGUAAUGUGGGUCUUCAUACCAUGCGCUACCUCACUCGCGCUGGGGCCCGAUGCGUUGGUGUCCUCGAAUGGGAUGGUGCCAUCAUGAACAACGACGGUAUCGACCCCAAGGCUUUGGAAGACUACCGAAACGAAAAGGGCACCAUCGUGGGUUAUCCAGGAGCUCAGGCUUAUGAGAACAAAGAUGAUUUGAUGUUCGAGAAAUGCGAUAUUCUCAUUCCUGCUGCCAUGGAAAAGUGUAUUCAUUCCGGAAAUGCUCAUCGCAUCCAAGCUAAGAUUAUCGCCGAGGCAGCCAAUGGCCCAAUCACGCCCAGUGCGGACAAAGUUCUCCGUGAGAACGGUUGCCUCAUCAUCCCCGACAUGUAUGUGAACGCUGGAGGUGUGACCGUUUCCUACUUUGAAUGGCUCAAGAAUCUGAACCACGUCUCUUAUGGAAGACUGACCUUCAAGUACGAACGGGAGUCGAACUAUCAUCUUCUUCAAUCCGUCCAAGACUCUUUGGAGAGACGUUUCGGUCGCGUUGGAGGUCGAAUCCCAGUUACUCCCUCAGGCGAGUUCGAAACCCGUAUGUCUGGAGCUUCCGAGAAGGACAUUGUUCACUCUGGAUUAGACUAUUCCAUGGAGAGAACUGCCCGAGCUAUCAUGAAUACCGCUAUCAACUACGAUUUGGGCUUGGACCUCAGGACGGCUGCCUAUAUCAAUGCAAUUACGAAGAUCUUUAAGACCUAUAGGGAUGCUGGACUCACGUUCAACUGAAUUGCUAAGACUGGAAGGGGAUUUUUUUUGAGCAAAUUUUUAUUUUAUUUUCUAUAUACCCAAAAACGGGAAUAUUCGUUUCGAUUAUAAUGUAAAUGUUCACGAUACUAGCUGUAUGUAAGGAAACAAAUACAUUCCUCCCUGUCCCCGGUUA